GGCGCUUCUCUGUCUUUUGUGUAAUCCUAAUUUGUUCCCAUUGUUGUAGCGGAUGUCUCGCCUUCUCGUGAAUGAACAAAGGCUUUGUGAGGGUAUCCCCGCAUCGCCCGGAUGUCUCCCGGGGAAACGGAGCGGGUAAACAAGACGAGCAACGAAUCUCCGCGCAACCGGUCUGCAGCAGCAGCAGCCAGCAGCUCGCGCGUUGUGAUUGCUGGGAAUUGGGACGCAUGACACUUCAAUGCGCCUCAGAGCCAAACAAGGGGGUUCACAAGGGAAAAGCUUAAAAAUCCAGUUCACUGCAAUUCUAUAAGGAAUGUUAUUUUGUUAAAAAAUAAGUUUUCAUUAGCUUACAUUAAUUGUACGUUUGCGUUUGAUUGACACUCUCAAGGAUCUGUAAUUGAUGGAUAAAAAAGGGAACCAACGGCGUGCAACAUCGGCUGGAUAUCGUUUACCGGACCGACCUAAUGGUCCUCUCAAUUCUCAGUCCUCUGUCUCAGUGUUUAGACAUUCAGCAGUUAGGACACGAAACACCGGUGAAACGGCAGCGCAAGACGAUGAUACCCGAGAUCCGGUAAAGCAGGACCAGAUCUGGAGAGAGUUUGUGCGCACCGAGCGAACUGGGGUAAAGGAAUGGGAGAAGAACUGGAGUUUUCUGAAGAGCUUUGACCAGCUGGGUCGUCCGCGUGCAGAAACUCCUCUCCCCAACUCUGUGUCUUUGUAUUCAGAUAGACUCCCAAACACCAGUAACCAAAUGUUAGGUAGUGGCUUGUACACUGAACUGGGCAAGGAGCUGAUUCGCAUUGACAGUCUGCUAACACUGACAUCAAACCAUUGUAAGACCAAAAGAAAUCCAGAGAUGCAACCCUGUUGAAGUUUACCAGUUAGAGGCUCUGCUAAGGAAAACUUAGUGUCUUAACAGAUUUCUUUUAUUUCCUUGACAAAUUUCUUUGGGUCUUUCUAUUUGCGAAAUCAAACGCCGCCUGCUUGGAAGCUUCAGUGUGUAUUUUUUUGUAUGUUUAUUUUUUAAUGCUUUUUUUCUGCCAACCUGUUGACAGCAGUUUUAUAUAAGAGAUUGUGUUGAUUUUAAAAUGGAUCUUCUGUAAUUAAUGUUAGGGGAAGUAGUAAAGACUUUAGAUUUUUAGAGUUGAUUCUUGUCAUCAGUUUUUAAAGGAACUCAUGAUUUCCUACCAAUGCAAAUGUUUUUUUUUAUUUGAAUAAAACCUAUAGGUCAUUGUGUAUUGUACGUUUGUUUUUAUGCAUUUAUUGUGUUGGUUAAACUGUGUAGUCUACACAUUUUUUAGGUUUACGAACAGACUAACCAGUGGAGACCUCUUGCCAAGACCUCUU